CUGCAGUUUAUGGUGUCGAUAACAGUUGCCGCAUUCCACCACGUUGUUGGCUGGCUGGCUGGUGGAGCUGUCCACACACCCUUCCUCCACAACACCCUUCCUCCACACACGUUCCUCCACCUCGCCUCUCAACACUCAGCACAGCCGUCCCCGCCCCGCUUCCUGAGACAUCAGCGUCAUGUCGGAGCGUGUGAAGCAGCAUCUUGGGGCGCCACGAGUCGGCCUGUCGCUUGCGCGGCACUUGCUCUUUGCCAUCGUGUCGUACGUGCUGGACACUGCGCUCUGGACUGCGUCCGUGGUCAUGUCCGUGCUGCGCCUGAAACACAAGGACAACACCGACAGGCAGCAGCAGUGCCCAGCUUGUGCGCUGCGCCGCAGUCGAACAAGCAGCACCAGCAGUGGCCGUGGGAACAGCACAGAUGCAGGUGCAGGCACAGGCACAGGCCGUGGGGUUGGCAGCCGCACCGGCGCAAGCGCGUGUGCAAGUCCUGUUGUUACAUCCCCGACCAUGCCCACACACACAUGCAGAGGCAACGGGCGUCGACGUUCGAGCUUUCACAACCACAGCAACAGCAGCCGCACCAGCACCGGCAGGGCACACUCGUCAUCGUCCUCCUUGUCGUCGCCCUCCUCGCCACUGCUGUCCGCACCAAGGGCGGACACUGGGUUAACCAUGCAUGUGCCCAUCCCAAGCGCGCCAGGGAACACAACAGCAGAGGUGCGCAUCCUCGACAGCAGACAAAGCGUGUUCAACAAGGAGGUCGCCCACGUGCUGGUCAUGAUCCCGGGAAACCCUGGUCACCCGGAGUUCUACAUCGACUUUAUGAGCGAACUCCACGACAAGACGAGAGACCCGUGCGUCAUCAUCGGCCACACGGGCCACUCCCCCACGUCCGUCUCGCCGCAUCUCUUCUCCCACUUCCAACAAACGGAGCACAAGCUGCAGGUCAUGCGGGUUCUUCGCGAACGGUACCCGUCUGCCAGGUUUACCUUGAUGGGCCACUCGAUUGGCGCUUGGAUCGCCAUGGAGAUGUUGCGACCCCUCAGCUCCAGUGUUGAUCGCGUCUUCAACCUCUUCCCCACCGUCCACCACAUUGGCACGACACCAAACGGGUCCAAGCUGUAUCCACUGCUGCGGCACUUCCGCCGGCCCGCCGCUCGCCUAGCACACAUCAUCGGCCAUCUUCCUGCCAGUCUGCGAGGUGCACUCGUCAACUGGCACCUCGGUGACUGCUCCAACGCGCUCCCACCAUCCCCAACGGCGCUUGCGACGAUUGACGAGCUGUUCCACCACGACGUUGUGCUGCAAGCGCUGCACAUGGCCUGCUGCGAGAUGGAGUACCUACUGGAUCUGGACACGCACCACUACCGCGAGCACCAGCACAAGCUCGUCUGGUACUAUGGCGGCGCGGACGGUUGGGUGACGCACCACCACGCGGCAGACAUCAAGCACGCCCUCCCACACAGCACGCAUAUCGACUGCACACAGGGGUUCUCGCACAGCUUUGUUGUUGACCAGAGCGAAGAGAUGGCGAAAAUCGCACUCAACUGGCUCCUGUCACCCCAAUCAACAUCAUCCAAGCCACAAUCACCGUCAUUGCAUUCCUCUUAAUGGCUGUACCACGCUUCGAUUUCGCCUGCCGCUGCACUGGCUGUUGUUUGCCAUCUUUACCUCGCGUUUGCUUGUUGUUGCUGUUGUACAUUCUGCCUUUUUGUUCUGCACUGUGAUUUUGUUUUGACUUGUCUCUUGUCUUCUGUACAGACUGCAAGUGUGAAUGUGAAAUGCUCUCACCGAAUUACACCGCACCAGCCAUUGGAUGACCACC